GUACGUACGCAACUCGCAUGUACGCACAUAGAUCGAUACACGCACACACAUCUUCGGCACAUGCCCUGGUGAUCUGGAUGUACGUCCAUACGUUCAUUGACAAAUCCAUACACAGAUCCAUCCACACCUACGCACACGCAUACGUGCCUACACGUAACAUACCUGCUUAGUUCGCCUCGGCCACUCGCUCGCUCGCUCGCUCGCUCACUCCCUCCCCUUCCCCCGUUCCACCACCCGUCCCGGACUUAUAGCGCCUAUCUGCGUAUCGACCCAAACUAGCCCGGCGGGUAGGCGCCCGCAUAGGCACGUAGGCGGACAAGACGGGCGGAUAGGUUGGUUGCUCGAUGCCAUGGCCUGCUUCCCGACCUCGUCUUUGACCGAAUUUCCCAUCCUCCUGCUCUAACUUGUCGCCCGGUCCGGGGGGGAGGAGGAGGGGAGGGGCGGGAUGGAUCCCCGUCUGGCAAGUGAAGCGGACGAUGAGCUGGCUCGUCCUUCGACCACAUCAUCACCACCGCCGUCGUCAUCGCCGUCCUCCUUCUGCUUCCCGCCUAGCAGCAGCACCUCACACACGCACAUAUAACAUAUACACACGUACGUACGUACAUACGUACCUAUCUACAGUCAUGCAGACAAGCACGCCCAUCCGUCCAUCCAUACAAACAUGUGUACAACGCACUGGCACCAACGGCGCCGGCCUGGAUAGUAAGGCCUCCCUGGGGGAGAAAAGGGACCGGGGGCGUGGCGAUCAGCAAUAUCCGCGGACGGGGAGAUAUGUGUAUACUCCCUCCGCACGGAGCCGAUUGCUUCCAAUUACCUAUUAUCCGGCUUGCGUUCUUUUGUUUUUGCUCUACUUCCUUCUUUUUUUUUUUUUUUGGCCCGCCUCGUCUGCGUGGCUUGUCAAUUCCUUACUUGUCGUGCCGAAGAAUCCGAUGUCAUUCGGGGACUGGGGGAUUCGGGGCAGGCAAGGCAAUUCCCGACCCCUCUCGUCCCUUAAAUCCGCCGUCAUUCGACAAGCAACGGCCAGCGGCGGUAGCAUCACAUUAAUACCUGCUCAUAUACAUCUAAUACAUACAUACACACAAACGAACACACAUACCUACAUAGUCGGAUUGGGCAGAUUUGCACAUAUCUACAGCGGGACGCAGAGAGAGUGCGAGAGGACGGUUAGAUCAAUUCGGUAUCUGGAUGGCCAGCAGGUCAGGUAGCGGUUGCGUGCAGAGAUAUAUCUGGCCGGCUAACGGCGAAUAAUUAGGGUAGGUAGUAAUGGAAGAAGAAGAAAUCUUCGUGUUUGGUUAGCAGAUCCGCCUCUGCAGCAAGCCAUACUGUUACC